AUGGCGGCCUCUCAGGUUCCGGAGAUUAACAUACAGGCGGGAGAGACGGCCAAGGUCGGGGACAGGGACCUGCUGGGGAACGACUGUCCGGAGCAGGACAGGCUUCCCCAACGCUCCUGGAGGCAGAAAUGCGCCUCCUACGUGCUGGCCCUGCGGCCUUGGAGCUUCAGUGCCUCACUUACCCCGGUGGCCUUGGGCAGUGCCCUGGCCUACAGAUCCCAGGGCGUCCUGGAUCCCAGGCUGCUGGUGGGCUGUGCCGUGGCCGUCCUGGCCGUGCACGGGGCUGGCAAUUUGGUCAACACUUACUAUGACUUUUCCAAGGGCAUUGACCACAAAAAGAGUGAUGACAGGACCCUGGUGGACCGAAUCUUGGAGCCCCAGGAUGUUGUCCGGUUUGGAGUCUUCCUCUACACCCUGGGCUGUGUCUGUGCCGCUUGUCUCUACUACCUGUCCCCUCUGAAACUGGAGCACUUGGCUCUCAUCUACUUUGGAGGCCUGUCUGGCUCCUUUCUCUACACGGGAGCUACAGCCCUGACAUCCACCUGGAGAGCUGGGCAUGGAAGCAAAAGAAGAGUGGGCCUCGUGGGCUGCCCGGUGGGCUCGGUGCUGCCCCCGGGGGCCCGCCCGCCGCCUCCCCAGCCUUGCCCCGGGGCGGAAUCGAAGGAAGGGCAGGUCCCGCCGCCCCCGCCCCGCCCCUCUUCGCCCGCUGAGCGGUAG